ACCUUAUUUCACCAAAGAGCUCCUCCUCUUUGUUGGGCCGGUUCUAGCAUUAACUGUAAGGUCUAAUUAAUUGAUAUUUUCGUGUUUAUAACCUUUAACCUUAGCUUUCUUUAAAUUUCGUUAUGUCGAAUAGACGAAAGCGAUGCGACAUCCCAGCCAAUAUCAUGGUUGGUUUUCUCGGUGCUGGUCGCAUGGCACAGGCCAUGGCGAGAGGACUUAUUACUGGAGGUAUUGUUCAACCUUCAAAUAUUUGGGCCAGUGAUCCAGACCCAUCAAUGUUGAAAUUUAUUCAGACAUUAGGUGUGACAACAACAUCAAAGAAUGAAGAAGUUAUCAAGAACACACAGGUGGUUUUUAUUGCAGUAAAACCGAAGGUUGUGUCUUGUCUACUGGAUGAAAUCCACCCCUUCGUUAGUUCUGACAAAUUAGUAGUGUCUAUUGCUGCAGGAAUCCGAUUAUCUUCUAUUGAAGAGCGUCUACCUCUAUCAACUCGUGUGGUGAGAGUUAUGCCAAAUACUCCAGCUCUUGUACAAGCUGGAGCAGCCGUGUUGGCCCCAGGAACAUCUGCACGUGCUGGGGACAAUGACUUGGUGGCUGAAUUACUCUCUAGUGUUGGAAUUUGUGAAGAAGGAACUGAAGAAAACCUUGAUGCAGUCACAGGGCUCAGCGGCAGUGGACCAGCUUAUGCUUUUGCAGCUAUUGAAGCCCUUGCUGAUGGUGGAGUCAAAAUGGGUUUACCCCGAGCACUCUCUACUAAACUUGCAGCACAAACUCUUUUGGGUGCAGCGAAGAUGGUUUUAGAAACAGGAAAACACCCAGGUCAGUUGAAAGAUGAAGUAUGUUCUCCUGGUGGAACUACAAUUACUGCUAUGCACACACUCGAGAAAGCAGGCUUCAGAGCUGCACUAAUAGAUGCAGUGGAAGCUGCAACUAAACAUUCUCAAUCUCUAGCAAAAAGCAGUUAAAAAAUGUACAGGUAGCAGCUUAUUUUGUAAAAACAAACACCCUUCCCUCGUUUCAUUUAAAGUCUCAUUAUUAUA